AUGGAUAUACCCCUUCAAGUUUGCAGAAUUACAGAAAUGGAGUUAGUGAAAAUCGUUGACGAAUAUGGCAACAAACUACGUUACAAGCGUUACCAAGGACGGACCUUUCACCCUGAUUUCCUCGGUAAUGUUGGUGAUCACCUGGCUGAAGUGACUAAUUACAAGGGCCAGCCUGAUGAUGUUCUCCUGUGUACAUUCCCAAAAUCAGGGACCCACUGGGUUUUUAACAUGGUCCAGAUGAUUCGAUCACACAACUUUGAAUACAGUGGAACACCGGUUGUGAUGGAAUUUCAUCCAAACAGCGACAUCGAUAACUUACCAUCACCACGCACGUACCUCACUCAUCUAGGUUAUCCAUUUAUACCCAUGUCUGCCAAACGGGGCGAUAUCAAAAUCAUUCAUGUUAUGAGGAAUCCUAAGGACACGGCACUAUCUUAUUACGAAUUUUUCAACAAAAUGGAAAAUAUGGCAUACGAAGGCUCUUUGGAUGGUUUCCUGAAAUACUUCUUGUCAGAUGAAUUUGUUGCUGUCGGUUCCUCAAUGUUUACAUACAUGAAGGAGUGGGAAGAAGCUAAACGUAGUAACAAACAAUUACAGAUUCUAAAUCUUCGAUACGAAGACCUCAAACGGAAUUUAUUUCAGAAUAUCAUUAAGGUUACAGAAUUUUUAAACCUCGAGCGAACGGAUGAAUUUCUACAUGGAGUUGAACAAAAUGUGUCCUUCGAAAGAUUGAAAGAAAAUCAUGAAUCAAAGCUAGGGGAAACAGAGAGGUGGAGGGAAAAUGCAAAAGAUGGACGACUGCCUAUAUAUAGGAAAG